AUGAGAUCUGUUACUGCGUCGGAAACCAGUUUGUCGGCGACUCUGAAUAUCCCAGCGGCAGCUUCUUUGAAGAUUGCCUCCGGCCGGUUAAAUAGAACAAUUUUGGAGACGGGAUCUCAGUUCGGUGCUGCGUACCGUUGGGGCGACCUGCCCCAUGAGUUUGGGAUGAGAAGAUUGGCUGGGACCGAUGAGGACCGUGAGAUGAGAAACUGGUUUGUUGAGGAAUGCAGAAGCCUCGGAUGCGAGAUCAAGAUCGACAAAAUCGGUAACAUCUUCGCUAUUUAUCCUGGUAAGGACAAGUCAGGGAAGCCUCCCACAGCGACGGGGUCACAUCUCGAUACGCAGCCGGAAGCGGGCAAGUACGAUGGGAUCCUCGGGGUUUUGGCCGGAUUGGAGGUGUUGAGAACGUUCAAGGACAACAAUUUUGUCCCCAACUAUGAUGUCUGCGUGGUAGUUUGGUUUAAUGAAGAGGGUGCUAGAUUCGCCCGAUCGUGUACCGGCAGCAGUGUGUGGUCUCAUGAUCUGGACCUGGCGGAGGCUUACGCUUUGAAAUCCGUUGGUGAAGAACAUCCCGAGUCUGUGCUAGAGUCCCUGACCAAGAUUGGUUAUGUCGGUGAAACGCCGGCCUCUUACAAGGAGAAUGAAAUUGAUGCUCAUUUCGAGUUACAUAUUGAGCAGGGACCAAUCCUGGAGGAUGAAGGGAAAAGGAUUGGUGUUGUGACAGGGGUGCAAAGCUACCAUUGGGCUAAAAUCACUGUGAAGGGCGAGGGCGCACACGCUGGUACUACGCCCUGGAGGUUGAGGAAAGAUGCACUUUUAAUGUCAUCGAAAAUGAUCGUGGCCGCUGCAGAAAUGGCUAAAUCGCACCAGGGACUUUUCACCUGUGGUAUUAUUGAUGCAAUGCCGUACUCGGUAAAUAUCAUUCCGGGUGAAGUUUCGUUUACAUUGGACGUCAGGCAUCCAGAUGAUUCAAUUGAAGCGAUAAUUCUGCAAGAGAUAAAGGACACUUUUGCAAAAUUGGUGGUAGAAAACACUGGAGGUGCGCUGACUUACCAGUGGGAUGUUCUACAAAUAUCACCUGCCGUGAAAUUUAAUGAAAUUUGUAUCGAGUGUGUCUCCAGAUCUGCAUUUGCCCAAUUUGAUAAGUCACAGAUCAGACAAAUAUGGUCUGGUGCUGGGCAUGACUCCUGUCAAACCGCUCCUCAUGUGCCAACCUCUAUGAUUUUCAUCCCAUCAAAGGACGGUUUAUCCCACAACUACUACGAGUACUCCUCCGCAGAGGAAGUAGAAGAUGGCUUCAAAGUACUGUUGCAAGCGAUUAUCAACUACGAUAACUACAGGGCGUUGAGAGGUCAUUAA